AUGUUCGAAAGAUCAUGCUGGAUUUUAUUUUUCUUUGGCAAAAUUCUCGUUUGUGUACAUGGCUGGGGACCAGUCGGUCAUGCUACCGUCGUUCGUCUUGCGCAGAGUCAGUUGACUCCAGAAGGUUUAGAACGAAUUGCUCCUCUCAUUCCAUGGCACUGGAAUGGUAAUUUGAGUGCGAUGGCUUCCUGGGCAGAUGAUAUUCUAUAUUCAGACGCAAAUCCGACUGGUUAUGGAAAUUGGCAAUGGUCUCGUCCGUUACAUUAUAUUAACGUACCGGACUGGAAUUGUGAAUAUAGGCCUGAAAGAGAUUGUAUCAAUGAUAUCUGUGUUGCCGGUGCGAUAAGAAACUAUACGAAACGAUUAGAGACAGAAUGGGAUGAUAUUCAACAAAGAGAAGCAUUAUACUUUUUAAUUCAUUUUACUGGAGACAUACAUCAACCAUUACACACAGGUUUUGUUAGUGAUCGAGGAGGAAAUAGUAUCAAAGGUCAUUACAUGAAUGGAUCAUAUUUAACAAAUCUCCAUUCAUUAUGGGAUAGUGGUAUGAUAACAACUCGUCUUCGUCGAGACUUUGGAUCAAACUCAACGCUCUAUUAUGAAUAUAUUCAUAAAUUGAUGCUCGAACAAAGCCCGCAAGAAGAUGAUAACACUAUUGACGCCUGGGUGAAAGAUAAUGUUAACAUCGUUUGCACACAGAUUUAUCUCGACGAAAAUAAUCAUACAAUGAAUGCUUCGACUAAUUUUACAUUGGGAGAAGCUUAUUACAAUCGAAGUAUCUCAAUAAUCGAACGUCGGUUAGCUCAAGGUGGUCGUCGGCUUGGUAUAAUAUUGAAUCGACUAGCAAAUAAACGUCCGAUAAAGCCAGAUGAUAAAGAUAAAACACUGUGCACCAGUACAAUUGUGCUUAUUGCUGUUUUAGCCGCAGUAUGUAUCGUAGGCGUUGUUGCGGGUGUCAUUCUGUGGAUUCGAUACAAGAAACGAGCAACUCAGUCAAUUUCAUUUAAUCUUGCUCGAAAAACAUGA